GUUUUGCUUGCUAGUGAAAGUUGAAUGAUCAAAACCUGUUCCCAGUUCCCUGUUUGGUUGAUGAUCAAUACUAGAUAUAUUUUCUUUCUCCGUUGAGAGCUGAGUCUAGCCUUUUGGGAUUUGACGUGCUUGAGGAGAAGAAUGUGGACUUAUCGAAUAAGAUAGAGGAAGGGUUUUGGACCAAUUAAAUGAACUGCUGGGGAUUCUAUCAAUUACAGAUUGGAUGUACGAACUGAUUAAUGCUUUUGCUGUAUCUCUCGGGUCCCAGAAAAUUGAUUGUUUAUAUGGAUGGGUUUGCAUGUCUUGGUGAAAUCAAGUGCUGAAGAUUGUCGAGAUCUAAAGAAGCGAUGGAAGCCAUUAGAGAGAGUGGAAGACAUGCUUGAUAAAUCCGAUUGUGUGUGCUGUCUUUGAUUAUUACAUGGGGCAGGCAGAGUUUCUUUUGCAGUAUUCAUUUCCUUGGGAGAAAGUGGAGAUGGUAUCUGGAAGUUGUCCCCGCUUAUAUACGGAGUGCAUAAACUUCAUCUUAAGCUUCUUAUUGAUUUGCUUGGAUUUGUGCUCAGGGAUCUCAUUAAUUAUUGCCUCAACAUCUUCUACGUAAGUCCAAGUUGUAACCCUUACCACACAAGUCAGCUUCUUAGAGGAGAUAAAGAAGGAACUUGAAGAUCCCAGUACAAGGCCUGUGAGAACAAUGGAUAGAAGUUGGAUACAUGAGCCUAAUAGAUUGAGUGCUAAGUUUUUGAAAGGGCUUUAUAAUUUUAUUCUUUUUGCCAAAGCUUCCGCGAGAGAUGGAAGAUUUGCUUGUCCUUGUCGAAAGUGUGUGAACAUGCAUCGGUUCUCACCAGGUGUUGUUUCUUCUCAUAUACUGGAAAAUGGGUUCUCGCCGGGGUAUACAGAUUGGAUUUUCCACAGAGAUCCAACCUCUCAAACUAGUGAUUCUAGUUAUUCCCACCAAAAUGAUGAUGGACUAAGAGAAGUUGAUGCACAAGAGCAACACGGCGUUCAACAGUUUCUUGAGGAUAUGGCUGUUGGUUCUGAUGAGAUUGAAAAUUCAAGAUCAACCAGGGUAGAAAAUGAUUGGGGUGAUAGCUCCACUAUUGAUGAUGACACCCAACCAACUGAGGCAUAUGAAUAUGCCAAAAGGUUCCAUGAUUUAUUGGAAGAAUCUGACGAGGAACUUUUUAGUGGAUGUCGUAAGCAUAGCAAACUCUCAUUUAUCCUUGAGUUAUACAACAAGAAGUGUAUGUAUGGAUGGAGUGAUAAGUCUUUUGAGGACUUACUGACCACAAUGAGGGAGACGUUGCCUGAAGGGGAAAAACUUCCAGAGUCAUCUUACGAAGUCAGAAAGUUAAUUGAUGCAUUGGGUCUUGAUUACCAAACAAUCGAUGCAUGCCCAAAUGAUUGUAUGCUGUUCUGGAAAGAACAUAUUGAUGAGCCUAGAUGCUUACACUGUAAUGCAUACAGAUACAAGGAAGAGACUGAAAGUUCAUCGACUUCAAAAAGAAACAAGAUUCGAAAGGGAGUGAAAGUACUCCGUUGGUUUCCUCUGAUUCCAAGACUUCAAAGGUUAUUCAUGUGCAAAAAGACGGCUUCUUUAAUGAGGUGGCACUUAGAUGAACGCAGGGACGAUGGGUACUUGAGACACCCUGCGGAUGCUCGUGCAUGGAAAGAUUUUGAUAGUCGAUAUGCUGACUUUGCUAAGGAGCCGCGCAAUGUUCGACUAGGACUGGCCACUGAUGGGUUUAACCCUUUUAGGUCAUUAAGUAGCACUCAUAGCAGUUGGCCAGUGGUUGUAACUGCCUACAAUCUGCCGCCCUGGUUAUGCAUGAAACAGUCUUCUUUGUUCUUGUGCUUACUCAUUCCUGGACCUAAAUCACCCGGAGCUAAUAUAGACAUCUACUUGGAGCCCUUUAUUGAAGAGUUGAUUCAUUUAUGGGAAAAAGGAGUUGAUACAUAUGAUGCUCACGCGAAGACUACUUUCAAGUUGCAUGCAUCGUUGCUAUGGACUAUAAAUGACUUUCCGGCUUAUAGCAUGUUAUCAGGUUGGAGAACGAAAAAAGGCUAUGGAUGUCCAUGCUGUGGCUUCAAUACUUGGUCAAAAUGGUUAAAGCAUGGUAAGAAAUAUUGUUUUUUGGGGCAUCGUCGUUUUUUAAGCUAUGAUCAUUCAUGGAGAAGAAAUAAGAAUUGUUUUGAUGGCACAGAAGAGUUUAGAGGACCACCUGUUCGGAUGACCGGAUCUUGCAUUCGUGAUUUAUGGGAUUCUAAUGGAUCAACAAGGGAUCUAAAUGGUACAAACAUAAACAUCACGGAGGGGUGCAAAAAGAAAAGCAUAUUUUUUCGUCUUCCUUAUUGGGAGUACAAUCGAGUUAGACAUAACCUUGAUGUCAUGCACAUUGAAAAGAAUGUAUGUGAUAACAUUUUAGACACAUUGUUAAGUGUUCGAGGGAAAACCAAGGAUAACGUGAAGGCUCGCUUUGAUAUGCAGGAAAUGGGUAUAAGACACACUCUUCACCCAUUUGAGUUGUCUACUGGGAAAUACAGAGCAGCCCCCGCUCUUUUUGAGAUGUCUUCGACAGAGAAAAAACAAAUGCUUCGUGUGCUAAAACAUGUGAAGGUACCUGAUGGUUAUUCUUCCAACAUAUCUCGUUGUGUAGAUGUGAAACACAAGAAGAUAAGUGGUUUGAAAAGUCAUGAUUGUCAUGUAUUACUACAUGAUUUGUUACCGGUAGCAGUGAGGGGAUGUCUGAAAGAUAGAGUAGCUAGAGCCUUAAUUGAUCUGAGUGCUUAUUUUAGAGAACUAAGUUCUAAAGUUCUUAAAGUAAGUCGUCUUGAGGAGAUGGAAGUAGAGAUUGGAGAAAUAUUGGCUCGUAUGGAGAUGAUAUUUCCUCCAUCAUUUUUUACUAUCAUGGUCCACUUGGUCGUACAUCUUGUAGAAGAGGCCAAAUGGAAUGGACCCGUGCAAUAUCGAUGGAUGUAUCCAAUAGAGAGGUACUUGAUGACACUCAAAGCUCAUGUUGGGAACAAGGCUUAUCCUGAAGCCUCAAUUGCUCAAUGGUACAUUGCAAAUGAAGCAAUUACAUUUUGCUCUAGAUACUUUGAAGGAGUCAGAACAAGAUUUAAUAAACCUGCAAGAAAUAGUGAUGACAUGGAUCUGUUGAGAACGGAAGAUUCCCCUGUGAACACUACUUCAGGUCAUCCCAUUGGAAAAGUAGAAAAUAUUAUCCUUAAUCCUACUUCUUGGGUUCAGGCUCACCGAUAUGUGCUAUACAACUCAAAGGAAGUUCUCCCAUACAUAGAAGAGCAUAAGGAUGAGAUUAAAAGGAAACUUUCAAGCAGAAAUCGUAGAAAUAAUGCUUCUCGUCUAAUUGAAAUCGAGAAAGUCCACCAUUCCACCUUUGUUGAUUGGUUCAAAGGACGGGUAGCUAGGCUAGAGGAGAUGCAUGAUCCGCGAUUUACUGCUGAACUGAAAGGGCUAGCCCGAGGUCCGAACUAUGGGGUUAGACAAUUUAAAGGUUACAUCACCAAGGGAGUCAGAUAUCAUGCAAACUGUCGUGAAGAGGAAAGAAAAACUCAAAACAGUGGCGUUGUUGUAGCAACAAAGACCUCAAGUUUAGAAGGUGAAAUUUUAAAUUAUGGACGGAUAGUUGACAUGAUUGAGUUGAACUACUUCGAAAGGUUCAGAGUAGCUCUAUUUAAGUGUGAAUGGGUUGACGUGGAACGUGGAAGAGGGUUGAAAAAAGAUGCAUACGGAUAUACUAUGGUGAAUUUUUCAAGAUUGAUUCACACAGGGUCUAAUAUACGUGAUGAGCCUUUUGUCUUUGCAGAUCAAGUUAGGCCUGUAUUUUACAUUAAAGAUUCACAGGAACCUGAUUGGUAUGUGGCACUUCGAACAAAGCCUAGAGACACAUAUGAAUUGGGUGAUGAAUUAGUUUAUCAAUCGAAAAAUGCCGAUCAAUCACUCUCGGUGGAAAACGUUGGUCGAGCUAGUGAAGAUGAAAAUUGGGUUCGCAAUGAUUUACAUCCUGUAGUAUUUGAGUAUGUAGAUCCUGGUGUCGCUGCUACAACGAGUGUCAUGUCGGAAGAUGAAGCAUAGACUUUGGAAGUUUUACUUUUCAAUUUGACUUUUCAUUUUUCCGAUGAACAUUGGGUUGUACUUAGUUUUCAUUUGAAAUGACAAUGUUGAUUCACUCGAAUUGUGUGAUAAAAAAUUAGCUGAAUGUUUUCUUAAUUGUUCCUGUUAUCAAUUGGAGUGCAUUGAAUAAUUGGUGCGGAGCCUGUUGGAAGCAACAUAUUAUCCGUGGGAAAGCCUGGAUUCAAGCCAUUGGGGGAUGAAGAGGUGUACAGCUUUAGGUCUGAUCAGAAUACGGAAAUACAUGUGUUAUGUCUGCAACAUAGCUACUGCCUCUUCUAAAAGCUUCCUCCUUCAUUGUCAUUUCUAAUUGAAGAUGUGUUGGUUUAAAUGUAUGCAGAUAGUGUGUUGGUCUUGAUUUCUAGUCCACCUGGUUAUGGAGUUGGGCUAUUGGACACAAGGAGGUAUGGUGAAGUAUGCUAAGUGGAGAUUUAUGGAGUUACCACGAUUCACAUGAAUUUUAGAUGAUGAAAUUCAGACAGUCAAUUAUCGAAUUCCACGGGAUUGGCACUGGGUGGAAUCAUAGAGGUCCAAAGUGUAUGCAAUAAUUUAUAAUUGCCUUACAUGUGAUGACCGCCCAUUGCGAACUUCUGGGAUAUCGUAUGGUGGCCACUAGAGAUUGCCAUUUGGCCGAGUUUAUAACUAAUGAAAUGUUUGUGAGCACUGUGUUUAACUGUUGGUUCCAUGUUCGUUAAUAGCCCUCUUCAGUUUGAAUACUUGGAAGCAAUUUAUUUCUCGGAGGCUUGGACGCUUUUUCCUGUUUGGUUUUAUAAGAGAGUUAGACAGGAAUCUGCGAAAAUGAUGUUCAGUGUACCUCUGUAUCAAGAAUUCUUGCACUGACGAAGGAAGGGUAUCAUGUUCUUAGUGGGUGCAGUUUUCUUUUAUAAGGUUAAUCUUAAAUGUCUGGUUUCAUAUGUUUCAAAUCUAUCUUGCUUUGGCCCGAAGGAGUCGUGGACCUCAGUCAAGGUGAAAAGACCUGCACCAUAAAAGAAGUCUCCCCGCCAUCCUGAGUGCUUAAGAACUGAUUGAGUGUCUUUUUGGGAAGUGGAGCCAAUUGUUGCAGCUGCUCCUUCAAAUACUCGGCCUAGAAAUUGGACCAACAAGCGGUCACGACCAUCAUAUUUGCCUUCAUUGACUCCCGACCUUAAGGCCCUUGUUACUACCAAAUCAUCGAUUUCUUGGCCUAAACAAUUGGAGGGUGUAGUCGAGUCCAUUUCCCCAGUCGUUAAGAUAAUUUCUAGUGACUGAAAACAUGGCUCGGAGAAUGGCUUCAAGUUGUUUGGCAUUCAACUUGUUAAUAGCUUCAAUAGGGAGGAAAGUUCUCCAUGUUCAGGCUUUUCAGACCCAUAAAGAAGGUAAGGGCCUGCACAAAGGUUCAAGGAAGUUGAGAUGGUGGUAGAGUAGCAGUCUCGUUCUCUCUCUUGUUGGAUCAAGGAUGCAAGUAACGACCACAUCUUGUCCUCUCUUUGUUGGUCAAGACUUUUGUUGGGCAUUUUGGGGGUGUAACUAAAAUGAAGUAAAUGAAUGACCUGUAAUAUUUUGUAAUCUCGUAGCAGCCGCCAUGGCAUUACGCAUGCUGACAGGUUCCUACUUUUGGCAUUUGUAUUAAUGCAUGUUAGAAAUUGAAUCAUGAUGAUAAUCACCUAGGUAUUGGGCAAAAAUUUACACUUGUGUUUGUAACUUGUGGUAAAUCCAAUGUCUGCAGAAGAAUUUUCUUUGAGAGCAAAAGAGACUUGAAGAGAAAAUUUAUACUUUGGCAGCAGUUGUUUCAAGUUAAG